UCGACAAAAACACGAAAAACACUUCCAAAUUCGUGUCCGGAAAAUGGAAAACCGAGAUAGAGACUGGGAUUUCCAUCUCCGAACACUAUCCAGUAGCACGCGAGACUCCACUGUGGCCAAUGAUCCCGCCUCUGACCCCGCUCUUCUCCAUUCCGUGAGGAAGCUUUAUGAAUUGUGUAAAGCUGAGAACUCAGAGGAUUUGGUGGCGAGGUUUUAUCCGCAGAUCAACAAGCUCUUCCAUCGGGCGGUGGCUUCGCUUUCUCAGUCUCGAACCUCCAAUGGCCUUCUCUUGCUGGCUAUUCUUCAAUUUUACCUUGAUUUUGGAGAGAUAGUUCUGCAUGAUGCUGAUCCAAGUCUGAGGAUAUUUUUCCGUUCAUGCUUGAGCCGUGAGUUUUCAGAUCCUGUUGUUGCAGAAGCAACCCUUGAAUUUCUGAACAUGAACAAGAAAAAACUUCUAACUUCUUUCCCUACCUUACUGCCUCAGUUCUUUCCAUUGUUGCUAAAGCUGAUUGCAUGGAAUGGAGAAAGAUUAGAAAAGUCCUUUUUGAAGGUUUUCCCUGGACUGAUGUCACCUGGAUCAUUUCUUCCGCUCUUUCCUUCCUUAGUGGACUUUCCAAUUUUGGUAGUCGCAUUGGAAAAGGUAGGAAGGAGCUCAGGAUCACUAAUUGGAAGCAGCAUAGCUUCAAUCCAGAAGAGUGCAGCUCCUGAGAUGCUACUUGCACUCAUGGAUGAAGCUUAUACUGGUUCAACAAUAGGAGAUGGAGGAGGUGACUCUGAGUCUGAGGAUAGCAACACAAUGGAUGUCGCUGAUCCUUUGUUCCUUGAGCUUUUAAAGGAUGAAAAUGAUGGCCUUGCUGAACGCCACUGGACUUCUCUUGGGAUGGCCACAGUGUUACAGGCUGCAAUUAAUACCCCUCAGUCUGAUAGGCUAAAACAAAUUCUUAAAAUGGCACCUCGGAUUCUCGAUGUGUACUUUUCCAUAGCACUGCGUGGUGUCAAUAAUUCUUUAAUCUGUGCACUGAUACCGCUGCUAAUGUCAAAAAUUGCUACAAUAUUUCCAGACAAAAGUUUCUCUUAUGAGAUUCGCAAAAGGCUGUUAGAGUUCAUGCUUGCUGCAUUUCUGCGCUCUCCAGAUUUUAUCGCACUUUUGAAGAAGCCUAUAAUGGACAGGCUUUCUGAAGCUUAUGACAGCCCUGCGAAGACAGAGUUGGCAUUACAAUUGUGCUGGGCCAUUGGGGAGCAUGGUGGCGGUGGCGGAUCACACAAAGAUGCAGCUCGUGAGCUUUUUGAGAGUUUAGAGCUACUAUUGUAUGAAAACCUUUCAUCUAGUCGUCUAGGUCUAAGGCAGGAUUCAGCCGUGAGUGCUGAUAGUGAAAGCUUCAGAAAGUCAUCACAGUCUAGGCUUCUAUGUUUUGUUGUAACAGCUAUUGCAAAGCUUGCUACACAUCACCGCGAAUUACUGCCAAGGGCACGUGUGUCGUUGGGCAAGGUAGCACGAUCUCGAUUCUCAGAUGCGAGAGUUUGGAGGAGGGCUCGUGAUUAUUUGGGUCUAAUGAAUGAACCUGCAAUUUGUUUGUCUGUUUUGGGCCCUUCACGACCUUCUUGUGGACAAGCGCAGAAUCCUGGCACAGUAAACUGGAGCGAAGGCCGCACCAAGAUGAUUGCACAUGUUCCAUUUUACAUUCUUGGUGAACAUGAAGGUCCACCCUACCAUGAUUUUUCAUUUUCAGAUAUCCUUCCAAGAACAUCAUGAAUCUUUUCUUGCAGGAAGUUCUCUGGAAAAUGCAAAUUUCAUUAGAGUUUUAGUUUAUUAAGUGAUUUUUUGUUUUGUUUGUGUAAUAUGUACCAUAUCAUAUAUCAUAUAGUAAGAUCGGUGAAUAAACAUGUUCUCUUUCAGGUCUACAGCUCUAGGGCAUGUAAUAGUUUGCGCUUAAGAAUUACAAGUGUGUUAAUUGUAUUAAUAUAAAUCCGACUAAUGUGUUCUUUU